AUGGGCGGAGCCUCUGAGCUGGCCUUCCUGAAAGAACCAAAUGACGUCAUCGCUGUGAGGGACCACCCCUUGAUGCUUGACUGUCAGGUGGAGGGGGAGGGCCCUAUCUCGGUUACCUGGAGACGGAACGGUGUACCCAUGAUGAUAGGCACCAGGGCGACUGUGCUGGCUAACGGGACUCUGCUAAUCAAGAACUUCUCAAAGAGGCGAGAAAGCAACGAGACCGACGCCGGCGAGUAUGACUGCGCAGCACAGAACCGUUACGGCAUGAUCAUCAGCCGCAAGGCCCGGGUGCUGCUGGCAUCGCUCCCUAAAUUCCACACCCACCCACAGUCAAUGAUGGUUGAUGAAGGGGGUGUGGCCAGACUCACCUGUCAGGUGAACGGAAUCCCAGAGGCCAACAUCACCUGGGAGAGGAACCGCACCAGUCUGAACCCUGAAGACUCCAGGUACACUCUGCUGCCCAGUGGAAUUCUGCAGAUCACGGGGGUGAGACGGGGCGACAGUGGUUUCUAUCGAUGUGUUGCCGUAAAUAUUGCAAACACUCGCUACAGCCAGGAGGCCCAUCUCACCGUCACUGUUGCAGGAUCUAGGAUCUAUAAGGAACCAGUGAUACUGUCUGGUCCCCAAAACCUCACCAUCACCGUCCACCAGACCGCCAUCUUGGAAUGCAUCGCCACAGGGAACCCCCGGCCCAUCGUGUCCUGGAGUCGUCUUGAUGGGCGUUCUAUCGGUGUGGAGGGGAUUCAGGUUCUUGGGACGGGCAAUCUGAUGAUUUCAGAUGCUAGCCUGCAGCACUCGGGCAUCUAUGUCUGUUCGGCUAACCGGCCCGGUACCAGGAUGAGGCGCACAGCGCUCGGCAGGCUGGUGGUACAAGCACCUCCUGAGUUUCUCCAAUGGCCACAGUCUGUCUCCCGGCCAGCAGGAGGCAGUGCCGUGUUCACCUGCUCUGCCCAGGGCGUUCCUGAACCUCACCUUAUCUGGCUGAAGAACGGGAAGAUCCUGACACCCGGAGACAAUGUGAAGCUCACCAACAACAACACGACACUGGCGAUAACACGCAUCACCCUUCAGGACGAGGCAAUCUACCAGUGCAUUGCUGAGAACAGCGCCGGUACCAACCAGGCCAGUGCCCGCCUCGCCAUCAGCCAGACCACGGAGCUACCGGAGGCCCCUGGGACCCUGAGGGCCACAGCCAUGUCCUCCACCAGCCUCCAGCUCACCUGGGAACAGCCUCCACCAGAAGUCACAGAGCAGAUCAUAGGAUACGUGCUCCACAUCCGCCUGCUAGGAGAACCAGACAGUAAAGAGCUCCAGGAAGCAGUGAGUAAGACCACCUUCCAACAUGAACUGUCCAACCUUGAGCCGGCCACCACCUACUCCAUCUUCCUCAAGGCCUACUCUCCUCUGGGAGCCAGCCAGCAGUCCAACACUGUCACUGCCACGACACUAGGGGGUGUUCCAGCCUCCCCCAGUUUCUUUACUAAGGUAUUAAACCAGACAGCCAUGCAGGUCUUCUGGGAGCUUCCCAAUAAGCCUGGCCGGUUGGAGGGUUUCAGGUUGUCCUACCACCGGGUUCCUCACACUGAAUUCCAGGGACAGGAAAACUUCCCCAGUCACAUCAACACUCACACCAUCUCUCACCUCGAACCUUCUGCUGUCUAUGAGAUCCAGCUGGUGGCAUACAAUGGGAAUGGUGACAGUCCCGCCAGCCAGCGGCUGGUCUCCCUGGCCGAGAGGGGGAACAGCGGCGUGGGUCAGAGUGUGUGUGACUGUGAGCACGGCAGACAGGGCUCCAUGACCAGCAUUGUAAUCGGCAUUCACAUCGGCCUAGCCUGCAUUGUCUUCUGCCUCCUCUUCCUCAUGUUUGGCUACCGACGCAGCUUCUUCUGUAGGAAAGGAACUCAGGACAGUUGGGCUCCUCAGGGAGUCAAUGGGGCUCCGAUGGGCCACAGAGGAGGAGCCCCAAAAGAGGGAGUCAUCCUUAUGCCUGAGGCCAUUGAGCUCAUGUCUCAGAGACGAGAGUCCUCCUCCGCUCAAUGUCAGGUCCGGGUGGAACAGCUCCCACCCUGCCAGCCUGGCAACAGCACUGGCUAA